AUGACUUGUCCAGAUGAUUUUGAUGACGACAGUCAGCCGAAUGGAAUAUCUAAAGAUUCUAAUAUAAUUGUUGAUACGACAGUUCAGAUUAAGUCGGUUGAACGUGAAACAUGGUCGACGAAGGUGGAUUUCUUGCUUUCUGUUGUCGGCUUUGCAGUUGAUUUAGGCAAUAUAUGGCGUUUUCCGUACUUAUGUUUCAAAAACGGUGGAGGAGUGUUUUUAAUUCCAUACUGUUUGAUGGUAUUAUUAGCUGGCGUUCCAUUAUUCUAUAUGGAAUUAUCAUUGGGACAGUAUUAUCGCCGUGGAGCUAUCACUACCUGGGGACGUAUAUGUCCUCUAUUUAAAGGAAUUGGAUAUUGUGUAAUCAUGAUCGCCUUUUAUACUGACUUUUUCUAUAAUGUCGUAUUAGCUUGGGGUCUUCACUACUUAUAUUCGUCAUUCAGUUUUAAAUUGCCUUGGGCAAGUUGCAAUAAUACUUACAACAGUCCAGCUUGUUAUGAACCAGACUGGAGUCAAGAUCAUUCAGCAAAGUGUCGCGAUAGUACCGGAGAUUCAAAAUUGAGAAUCUCAGCUGCUGAAGAAUAUUUCUAUAAAGGAUUCUUGGGAUUGCAUGCUGCUGGUGAGCCAAGUUCACACGUCAUCAGAAGUCUGGAUAAUCUUGGUUCGGUGAAUUAUGAAAUUGCGAUAUCUUUAGCCCUGGUGUAUCUUAUCUGUUAUUUCUCGUUAUGGAAAGGUAUCGGAAUGAGUGGAAAGGUUGUCUGGUUCACAGCUCUAUUCCCUUACGUGGUUCUCGGUAUUCUAUUCGUUCGGGGUAUUACACUUCCUGGCUCAGAAGUUGGGAUUGACUACUACCUUCGUCCCAACUUCACAAUGCUGAAGCAACCGUCGGUAUGGCAAGAUGCUGCAACUCAAGUAUUCUUCUCACUUGGACCUGGAUUUGGUGUUUUGAUGGCUUACUCUUCAUACAAUCAAUUUCAUAAUAAUGUUUACUUGGAUGCUCUGAUCACCAGUACCAUUAACUGUGCCACAAGUUUUCUUUCCGGCUUUGUCAUAUUCUCCGUACUUGGCUAUAUGUCAUGCAAAAGUGGAAAACCAAUUGAUCAAGUUGCUCAGGAAGGGCCAGGUCUUGUUUUUGUCGUUUAUCCGGAAGCUCUAGCAACAAUGCCGGGAGCUCCUGCAUGGUCUGUUCUUUUCUUCCUUAUGCUAAUGACACUUGGAUUGGAUAGCUCGUUCGGAGGAUCAGAAGCCAUCAUAACGGCUUUAUCAGAUGAAUUUCCUAUUAUAAAGAAGAAUCGUGAAAUCUUCAUAGCAAUCCUUUUCAUUUUUUAUAUGGUCAUCGGAAUUUUCAUGUGCACAAAUGGAGGAAUAUUGAUUAUGGAAUGGCUGAUCAUCUAUGGAACAACUUGGGGACUACUGAUUGCUGUAUUCUGUGAAGUUAUGGUUGUUGCUUACAUAUACGGAAUCAAGCAAUUCGUAGCUGACUUGAAGGAAAUGCUCGGAUUUGAACCAGGACUAUACUGGAGAGUCUGUUGGACAAUUUUAGCUCCAGUGUUUUUACUUACGAUGAUUUUAUCUUCAUUUAUCAAUUAUCAGCCAUUGACUUAUCAGGAUUAUCAAUAUUCAACACUUGCAAAUAUUAUUGGAAUCAUGUUUGCGUUAUCAGCAGCUGCAGCUAUACCCAUAGUAGCCCUCUAUAAGUACUGUAGAGCUCGAGGACAAACAUCAUCAGAUAAAUUCAAAAAAGUCAUAAUGCCAUACCGUAAGAGACCGAAUCAACGUGAAUAUCAGCCAAUUGGUGUUCGUCGAAGCGAAGAUAUAAUGCUUUAA